AUGUUGUUUAACUCACGUAAGUACAAUUUCGACUGGGAAUCCGUAACCAUCGGAUUCUGGAGGAAAUCCCCCAGCAAAUACCUGCCGUACAUCAACAACGUCCAUACCAUCAACACGAAGGUUCUUCCAGAGCAGAAGUGCCUCACGGUCCACAGGAUGUAUCACGUUAGGUUCAACUUCCCCUAUCUUAUUCAAAAAUUUGUCGGGAAUAACACAGAUUUUUACCUUCUCGAGGAGUCUGUGGUUGAUUUGGAUAAGCGGAGGCUUUCAUAUAAAAUCAGUGGUGUAGCACCUGACUAUUACUCAUACGAUGAAUCUGCCUCUUUCGAGGAGUCUUCCAGCCCUGGUACGACUGAUUUCGCCACCUCCAUUGACGUUCGCAUACGUGGCUUUGGUGUAAUGAACAAGGCUUUAGAAAAGUUUUGUCAAAAGGCGGUUUUUGAGUCACUCAAUCGAUCCAAUGACUUUAACGCGAUGGUGGAGAGCAUUUCAUCAAACUCCAGAUAG